AUGUCAGGAAAUCGACCUUCGACUCCUCCCCCACAGGCCAAGGCCUCAGGGGCAGGACAAUUUCCCCGCGGUCCGAUCACUCCAGAACAGCAGCGGAGAAUGGAGAUCAGUCGCAUGAAAGCCAAGGCGCUCCGUGAGAAGCGUGAAGCUGAACUGGCCCAAGCCUCCUCAAACACAUCCCAACCAGCAACAGGUGCGAAGCGCUCAUUCGCCUCGAUGGCAUCCAACCAGCCCGCCAAUAUGCGCGAUGCAUCAGCCUCGAAUCUUCCGCUGGACUCGAUUCAACCGGCUCGCAAUUUUACAAAAUAUGUUGAUUAUGACUUCAGCAAGAUGACCGAUACGAAGGGUGGAUUCUUAACGCAGGAGGAUGACCCGUUUAACAAGCAACUCCAUGUAACAAAUGAUAAGGAUGCGCUGAAACCGGCAAAUAUGACACAGAAAGAAUGGGAGCGUCACCAAACACUCCAGAACCUCAAACGGAACCGCGAAGGGCCUUUCGAGCCGGGCCUCAGUGUUCUUGAUGAUAAAAGCAAGCAGAAGAAAUGCCGCGAAUGCCAAAGUCUGGAGAUUGAUUGGAAGUGGGAGGAAGAGUUGAAGUGUUGCAUUUGCCAUGCUUGCAAGGAGAAAUAUCCAGAGAAAUACAGUCUGUUGACCAAAACAGAGGCUAAAGAAGACUAUCUUCUCACAGAUCAAGCACUGGAUGCCGAGUUUGAGAAGCGCGAGACUGACAAGAAAAGGAGACGGGAAGAAAAGUUCAAAACGAAACUGCAAGACCUGAAGAAGCGCACACGUGUCGAGGCCUACCGACGUAAUCGACAAGGUGGCUCUGGGGGAGAUUUCGGCGACGAUCUUGCCUCUAGACGGAAGCAUGUUCAUGAAUGGGGCCGGUCUGUAGAUAAUCCAGAAACUGGAAUCGGCGUCAAGACUUGUGUAACGUGUGGGAUGGAAGUGGAAGAACUUGAAUUCUAG